CACAGCAAACAUAGCAACGUUUUCUUAAAGUUUAACAAUUAAAUAUUUCUCAUUGAAAAAUGCAAUUCAAAUUCAUUGUUUUUGUGACCGUUUUGGCAUUUGCCUCGGCCGGUGUUUUGCCGGAGAAUUUCGAGCAAAAUGAUCCACAUCCCAAUUAUGAAUUCUCCUACAGUGUUGAUGACCAAGAAUCGGGCGAUGUUAAAUCGCAACAGGAAAAUCGUGAUGGUGAAAAUGUCCAAGGCCAGUAUACCAUAAAUGAUGCCGAUGGUUACAAACGUAUUGUGGAUUAUUCGGUUAGUGGAGAAAGUGGUUUCAGAGCCAUGGUGCGUCGUGAGCGUUUGGAUGAUAAUGUAGAACACGUCACAAAACAAGCAUCCGCAAAGCCUUUACCCGUCAAGGAAAAUCUCAUCAAACCAGUGGUCCCAGCAAAACCUUUGGUUAAGAAACCCGUGGUGCAAGCCCCUGCCUAUUUACGCACCACCGUUGUCCAUCAACCCGCACUAUAUCAUGCUCCAGCACCCGUUGUCCACUUGGCACCAUCAACACAUCAUCAUCACAUAGUCCAUGCUGCUCCAGCUACCACCACUGUUCUUAAAUCUUCGCCCACCGUUAUUACAACACACCAUCAUAGCCCAGCUGUAGUCCAUCAUCACACUCCUGCCGUUGUUCGCGCUGCUGUGGUCCAUCAUGCCCCUACCUCUGCCACUCUGGUCCAUCAUCAUGCUCCUGCCGUUGCAACACCACAUCAUGUUUCGUAUGUUCAUUACCAUUAAAUAAAUGAUUUGCUUUUUUGUG